AUGUCCCAUCAACACGGCAAGUUCCAGGAGGACCCCAUCACCAACGCCGUCAAUGCAUACACAGACCAUCAGCAGCUGGUGCAACGAAUAUGCUCGGUGGUGGCGUCGUGUGUGUCCAUUGUCUUUGGACUGUUUGCAUUCUAUUUAUUCAUCAACAUGCGCAAAAAGGUGUUUCGACACCACCUGAUUUUUUUGCUUCUCACGUUUGACUUCGGCAAGGCCGUGGUCUUAUUGUGGUACCCCGUGCGGGUGCUACAGGUCAAAAGCAGUUACAACAACGUCAACUUCUGCGAGAUUGUUGGCUACUUCACCUGCUGCUUCAUCGAGGGAGCAGAUCUCGCCGUACUGGCCCUGGCCCUACAGACAGGCGUGGUCGUGUACAAAAAGGACACAGGCGCCAUGGGAGGUCUGUACAAAUGGCGAAAGUACGUCUACGCCACUGUCGUGUGUGUGCCGAUUCUGCUCGCAUCACUGGCAUUCAUCGACCGAGGCAGAACAGCCUAUGUGCCCAUGGUCACCUGGUGCUAUCUCCCGGCCAAGCCCUACUGGUACCGCCUGGUGCUCUCGUGGGUCCCGCGGUACUGCAUUCUCAUCAUCAUUAUCGCCAUCUACGUGUCCAUCUACAUCCACGUCAAGCGUGAGUACGAUACGGCCAUCCGCAACUUCCAGGCGUCGCAGAGCUACAUUCAAAAAACCGAAGACACCAGUGUUUCUGCAAAGUUCAAGCGGUUCGGUAAGAAGUGCGUUUCUGCCAUCUCAUAUCUGCCCGGUCUGGGCUUUCUGGACACUCAAAAGUUCGACACGGACGAGCUGAUCCAACAGCAGCUAGUCGGAGGCCAGACUCAGCUUUCCCCCCAGGAGUUUGCCAUCCAGGAGUUCCAGAUGGACCAGUUGCGGCAGUUCAAGGAUCGACGAACCGCCAUCGAGCGACAGGUGCGAACCAUCUUCGUCUAUCCCGUGGCGUACGUCUUUCUGUGGAUUGCGCCAUUCGCUCUGCAGGCCCUGCAGUUCCACUACGUGUUCCACCACGGCACCGUCUACUGGAUUGCGGCCGUGGCAUCGUUCAUGCAGCCCUUCAAUCUCACGGUCGACACGGUGGCCUUCUGCAUUCAGGAAAAGCCGUGGCGUAACUCUGAGGAGCGGGUCUUCACCAAGCGAAACGCCUACCGAAUCAAGCGGUGGCUAUGCAUGUGCAAUCCCUUCAUCACGACGCCCGGCAAGCUGGCGCCCCGAAGUGUGGUUGGCGCCGGGGUGGUCACGGUGGACGAGGCUGUGUCUCGUGACGAGCAUACCGGCACUCCUUCCGAGGUGACGGCCUCCAGCACGUCGACCACCCCCCACACUGGCCACCAGCGACACAAGACAUCGUUCGAAUCGUUUGACGACAAGAAUGGCAUUUCCACCGCCGACAAGACGGCCGACACUCUGACUGAGACGGAUGUCGAGAAGCAACAGAACAAUCCGUUUGAAAUGACACAUACCAGGGUGGAGAGUGAUGGAGAUAGUGAAGGAGAGAUGGAUCUGAUGGAGUUUCUACGGUAA